GCUGCCAUAGAACCGGCCAUAGAACCGGCCCCUAGGAGGGCGGUUCAACCACCGCCCUGCGCGCAAUGUUGGCGCACUGCCCGAACGAAACGAACGAUGGAGGUGCAGGAAGAUCUGCUGGGUCUGCGGCGUGGCGCCUGUCAGAACUGCAGCUGUCCUGGCUUCCGCCGAGUGGUGCCACUGCCGAACUCGAGUUCUUUGGACGAUGGAAAGUCUUCAGGUGUCGUCUCCGGCGCCUAUGCUCCGUUUCUCUUCAGAUGUGAUGCCUGCGGAUGCUUCUCGAAGGAUCAUCAAGCUGCACCGCAGGUCCCAAGUCUUGCAGCGCCAAAGAUGGACAGCGCUCAGGCUGCGGCGAGUCCUUCCUUGACGAAGACUCCCGUGGUCACAGACUUUGAGCGAGAAGAGAACUUCAAGGACUUAGUGUUUCAACCUGAAGCCUUGCGGCCGUUGAUUCCCUGCUUGAAGGCGCGCAAAUGCAGGAUCUGUGUCCUGGGCGGUUCCAUCUCGUUGCAGCAGCGCGGCUAUCGCCCCAACCUGGCAGAGGCCUUGCGGCGCCGCGGCGUGGCCGUUGAGGAUCUCCCCGCUGCGGUGGGCACUGCAGGGUGUCGACCCUUGUCCUUGGUUGUGAACGAGUUGGUCCUGACCAAGCAGCCAGACCUGCUCAUCAUCGAGGUGGCCGUGAACGACGGCGACGACUUGCUCGAGAGCACGCCCUGCGGCGCCAGCGCUGUGCUGAUCCGCCAGGCUGCCGAGGGCAUCGUGCGCACCACGCGGCGCCGCUGUCCGCAGACCGCCAUCCUCUUCCUGGAGAUGUUUCUGCGCGACGACAGCGAAGCGCGAAAGUUGAAGACGGGCUGUGAGGCUUGGCGCGAUGCCAAGGAGGAGGAAGCGCAGGAGGCCAUUGGCUGGUACCAUCAUGUGGCCCCGCGCCUUCAUCGUGAGAUUUGUGAACGCUACGGCUUGACGCAAAUCGACCUGAUACCGGCCCUGCGUUCGUUGAGUGGCCAAGAACGACAGAAAUGGUUUCGCGAUGAUUGCCAUCAUUCAGAUUUUGGAGGUGAAGCUGUAGGGAACCUCUUGGCGCGCUUGAUUCUAUGGGCAGUUCGACAGCCAGAAGCUCCGGCCCGACAUCGCGGCUCAUUGGGGGCACCCCUAGAUCCCGACUGUUGGUGCAAUGGCAAGACCAUACGAAUACUUCCGGGCUGGACUUCAGAACAUUCCAUUCGACGUGACAAAGAUCUCCUUCGAUUGGGACAACAAACCGAUUGGUUACUCCUUUAUGCUGGUGGCCAUGUAACGAUUCCCUUCAAAGGUCGUGCAUGUGGCUUGAUGACAUUACUGGGUCCGGAUGCACCAAGUCUCAAAGUUCAGGUUGAUGGUGGCCCACUCCAACGAGUACCGCUCUUGGACCGCUGGUGCUACUACUGGAGAGAUGCAGUUCUUUUGCUCCGCGAUGGUCUUAGCGACACCACCCACACGCUCUACUUGGAGGUGGAGAUGGAAGCUUCAGAUCACCAAUGCCUCAAACGUCCAGCCAGCAGUGAGCUGUGGCUGCAGUUCCUGUGCCCCGCUGGCAGCAGGAAGCUCACGCAGCAGGACGCCCUCCUCAAAAGUUGUGGCUUUCCUAUGCCUGCGCCGUGGAGAGCGACGCCGCUUUGCCUCUGCCAAAAAACCACGGUAUCAUCCACGGUGGCUGCGAGGUUGACCAGUUAG